GCCAUUCCAAUAUGGCGUCGAUGUAUGACGAGUGAGUGUCCUUUUGGGCUCAUUUUCAACUUGAAAAAAGUUACGUUGUUUUUGUGGCAGUAAAAAAAAACCCACACAAACCGUCGCUCCAUCUUGUGUAUACUGGCGUUUGGAAAUGAAGGAGAGAGAACGUACGCCAGCAAGGAAACGCUCACGGCUGAUAGACGACGGCAAAGAGCGAAGAGGAAGUCUAGCUAGCAGCAGGAGGACGGGGGAGCUACUAGCCGCCUCCAGCAACAAUUGCAACGCCUCAUCCAGGAAAAGCUUCCCCGGCGACAAAAGAGACUAUUCGGACACCCGGGCUGCUAAUGGCUACGACUACGGAGCUCCAUCCGGAUCGCACGGUGGUGCCGAUCUCACCUCGGACACGUCCAGGUCCGCCUCACGCAGCGCCCCUCGGUCCCCAGAAAGUGAGUACAAGACUCUGAAAAUUAGCGAGCUGGGCUCUCAGUUAAACGACGAGGAUGUAGAAGAUGGACUCUUUCACGAAUUUAAGAAGUUUGGGAACGUGAGUGUCAAAAUGAGCCGGGAGAACGACGAGAGGGUGGCGUUCGUUAACUUUCGGAAACCCGAGGACGCCCGAGCGGCCAAACACGCCCGCGGUCGACUGGUGCUCUUCGAUCGUCCUUUGAAAGUGGAUGCGGUUUACAUGAACCGGCGAAGAAGCCGCUCCCCUGUUUCGAAAGACGGUUUUCCCUUAGGACACAGGCAUAUUCCCUUUCAGAGACCACUCUCCCCCGCCGGUUUAGGCUAUAGAGACUUCCGGUUACAGCAGAUGGCGCUUGGCCCCCUCCCCCCUCCUCCCCUGCCUCACCUCACAGACGUUGAAAGAGAGGCAUAUUAUUCCCUUUAUGACGCCAGAAAUCAUACAUCUUUUCUCCCAGAGGGAGCUGUAUUCCAAGAUGAGAACUCACCCGAGGACGACCAGCGGGCAAACAGGACAUUGUUUCUGGGUCAUCUGGAUAUCGGUCUGACAGAGAGCGACCUGCGACGGGCUUUCAACAGGUUCGGCGUCAUCACAGAGGUGGACAUUAAACGGGCGGUGCACGGACAGAGCAGCACGUAUGGAUUUGUCAAGUUUGAGAAUCUCGACAUGGCCCAUCGAGCUAAAGUAGCAAUGUCGGGGAAAAUACUGGGCCACAACCCGGUUAAAAUCGGCUAUGGUAAACCUACGCCCACUACCAGGCUGUGGGUGGGAGGUCUAGGGCCGUGGAUUUCCCUCGCCGCUCUGGCUAAAGAGUUUGACCGCUUUGGUACCAUCAGGACUAUAGACUACAGGAAAGGUGAGGUGUGGGCUUACAUCCAGUAUGAAAGCCUGGACGCUGCUCAGGCCGCGUGCACUCACAUGCGAGGUUUCCCUCUUGGUGGCCCCGAUAGGAGACUCAGGGUGGACUUUGCGGACACUGAGCACCACUACAACCAGCAACAGCAGCAGCAGUACAUGCAGCCCCCUCUCCCUCUUUCCCACUACGAAGUGGUCCCGGCGCCCUUCGAUCACCGCUUUGACUCCUCCAUAAGAGAGCGGUCCCCCCUGCUGCCACCUCGCUUCAGAGACCGAGAUCUCUCCUCGCCUGCAAAAUGGUCCGGCUUGGGUGUCCGAGGGGCUGGCUUCCCGCCCAUAGCUCACCUGGACAGACAUUGCCGUGAGAACUGGCCGGUGGAACGCGAGUGGGAGCUGCAGUGCAGAGACGCGAGCCGCAGAAGACGCCCUUUGGAGCAUGGAUGGCGUCCUGAGCGCUCUCCUGAGAGCAAAGACUACGUUGCUCACCGCAACGGCAACCCCACGGAGCAAAGCCCUGGAGUGAACAGCAAAGAUGGGGGUGGCGAUAGUGACCAUGAACACUUGCGUCCCCCAAGAGGGCGCCCAAACAAUCAGGACAAGAGGAGGAGGACAAUAAGCCCGACUGCGCCCACCUCUUGCUCAGAGAGGGACCACAAACGCAAACCAAAGAGCCCUGCAGGGAAGGAGGAUGUCUCAGGGUGUCAGUCUGUCCAGAAGCUGGGUCAGGUGUGGCAGGGCGUGCUGCUGCUAAAGAACAGCACCUUCCCCACGUCGCUGCACCUACUCGAAGGCGACCUGGCGGUGGUGUCCAGCCUGUUGAUGAAGAGCUCCAAAGGUGGCCAAGCGUCGGAGCUGAAAAUCAGCCAGCGCCUGCGCAUGGACGCUCCCAAGCUGGACGAGGUCUCUCGCCGCAUCAAGGCUGCCGGAUCAAGCGGCUACGCCGUCCUCCUCGCCAUGCCCCUCAAGUGCGACGACACGGUGGCUCAGGAGGCCAAGGACUCGACAGAGAGGCCGCUGAAGAACCUGGUGACCUACCUGAAGCAGAAGGAGGCGGCCGGCAUCGUCAGCCUACCCGUGGGGGGCGGCCGCAACAAGGAGCACAGCGGCGUCCUGCACGUUUUCCCACCUUGUGAGUUCUCUCAGCGGUUUAUGGAUGAGUCGGCAAGAGUGUUUGCCAAAUCGGAGGAUGACUUCAUGGUAGUGGUCAUUAUUCGAGGAGCAUCGUGAGGAAGAGAGUCCAACUGAUAGUGUGAACUGUGUUGUGUGCUUUGUGUUUCAUCCUAUUCAAGUUGUAGUCAAACCUCCAAGUCUUUGCGAAUUGAAAAUGUUUUGGGCAGUUUUUGUUUUUUUUGCAGUGAACAUGCUGCCAUCUACUGUUUAGUUUGCAGAUUAAUUCAUUGUUAAUUCAAAGCUAAUCUGACAUAUAUAGAAACAGUCUUCAGUGAUGACACAGAUUACAUUAGUUUGGGGAAAAACAACUAAGUCUUAAUACUUAAAAAAAAAUCAAUUUAAUAUGUCAGUGUUAAAUGUUUGAUGCCACAGCUCCAUUUUGUGUCAUCUGGGGGGCGUAUUACAUUUCCAUGUGGUUAAAUGACCAGUCUUCACGCAGUAAUGCUAGCAAUGGUGCCAUAGUGUCUUAGCCAGCAUUGACUUUCAUAUUUGCCUGAUUCACAAAUGCAGUCCUCAUUAGAUUUUAUUCUAAAAAUCAGCAGUGACAGUAUGUGUUCAAUAAUACCAACAGCCCCAAGCUCGCUUUUGUUUAUUUUUGUCGACCUUGAACCACCUUUAUCCAUAAUCAACUAAAUUGUGUUAAAUAUUGCUUUAUUUUGUAAUCAUCAGAAAAGCUUGUGUAAUUGUGCAUCAAUUGGACUCAAUUGUUUAAAAAAAAAAAGAGGAGGGUCAGGGGAUGCUCUGCAGGCCUCCCUCUUAUUGGACAUUUAUUUUGUUUCUUUUGUUGUUUUCAAAUGGAAAGAGUGUGUGCUGUAUACUCAGGAUCUCUGGACGCAGACACGGAGAACGUCGGUGCUCGUGGGAAGUAAACAAAGUGCACUUCACAGAUUGUGUCUCAAUAAAGUUGCUCAUUCGUGGGAACCACAAGGAAGACGACUUUUGUGACCCGUUAAUCUGUUCUUGGGAUUUGUCUAUCCAACCUCUAACAAGUCUCACGCAGCUUUGGCCGCAACCAAAUGUGACAUCCGAGGAUCACGUGUGUUGAUUUACUGUUGAAUGACCUCAUUUUUUUCUCCCCCUCCAAUGCCGUUUCCAGCCCAGCUACAUGGGCUUUUGAGGGUCUCGUGGCGACCACCGGCGGUCCAAGUUAACUUGUUCUCUCCUUGCUAAUACUUGGAUUUUCAAGAUGAACCUCUCUGCGUCAGGGACGAGUUUACCAUUCAUUAACUGGAGUGGAGAGAAAUGCGAUGCUUGAUGUAAUUUAUGAAAAGAACCUGUCCUGAUGGCGUCAAGCGAGGACAUGUAUCAUCAAUCAUGGGCCUCGUCUUCAACACACGGGACCAGGCUGGCUCCACAUGGCGCCACCACAGACGAGAGGCGAAGUGUGGCGGACCCACUGCUGUCCCACAGUUCAGAUGUAUGGCGCCAUCUGGAAAGCUGCCAGACUUCCUUUGUGCCUUCCCUACCGUGGAAGUCUGGCAUAAGCUGCAUGGCGUUGAGGGAGGCCAACAGCGUUGGCUUUUUCUCUGCAGUCUUCGUCACCUUCGCAGCGUUCCAAGAGGAGUACCUCAACUUCUCAAGUGAGCUCAACACUUCAGUAAGGCCUGCACUGCACCACACUGAAGGGUGUGUCUGUUUUGCUCCUGUGGUAUUAACCCAAGUGUUAUAAAUGAUAUAUCAUGUCCUGUAAAGUAUUGAGUGUUUCAGGUGAUUAUGGUGUCGUGGUGAUGAGAGAAUAUGCCAAACAGACUCAAAUGAGUCGAAUGAACUCCAGGAAUUCAUCAUACAAGUUAAAAAGAGAGCAAGGUGUGUGCACUUGCUGCCCCGGGGGCCCUUUGCGGCCCACAGCUGAAUUUAUAUUGGCCUGCAGCACAUUCCAAAAACACCCAAGAAACCAAAAACCCUCCAAAAACAGCAGCACAAGUUGAAAAAACAACUAAAAGGUGGGGAAAAUUUGAGAUGUUAAAACUAAUAAUAAAAUUGCACUUUGUCACCUGUACAACAAAGGUGACAUGCAGACUUUAAAAAAAUUCCGGGAAAACUUAAUAAAAGUACGUUAAUUGAUUUUAGACUGAGUCCAAUUAAAUGUCUUCUCUUAAAUGUCAUUUUCUCUUAUGUCUGCUAUAUUGGGUAAUAGGAGUGAAAGGUGUUAUUUCAUGUCUAGAGGGCUCUAAUAAUGACUUAAGAGACCAACUAAAUUUAGUCUAAAUUUGCGGUUUGUUGAUUAGAGCCAAACCAGUCGUUUACAGUAGUCCCUUUUUUGUGAUACUGAACUUUUAUGUUAAUAUUUUACUUUAUGUUUUAAUACUGAAUUUGUGUGUGUGUGUGUGUGUGUGUGUGUGUGUGUGUGUGUGUGUGUGUGCACUAUAAUAAUCAACAAUGUUAACAAAUACAUUCGUGAAAUAUUUGGCUCGUGGAGGAUCUAUAGAAU